AUGCAACGCCUGCUGGUAGUCGGGACUCACAUUUUGCAGGGAAAAUUGGCUGGCGAGCUUGAGGCCGCGAGUGUUUGUUCGCCACGUUUUUGGAGUGGGUAUUUCGGGGCGUCGAGUGUGCUUGCCGCGCCGCCAGCGGCGCCGAUCUCGCGUGCCCUCUCUCGGUUUCUUCCGGCUCGCCUCGACGUCCUCGCGAAGAUGGCGUGGCGACCGCCGCCGCGUGGGCGGUCUCCUCCCGCCGUGUUCUUCCUGGCUUGUUUGGUGUCUCUCGUCUCCGUUUCUCUAGCUCUCUCGAGCGCUGCUGCCGACUCCGGCUCAGCCUCUUCUGCCUCUCGCUACUUCGCGCUUCCGACGCACGCUCUCUCUUCAACUCUCUCUCCGUCUGCGCGCAAAGCGGCGCCCGUCGCUGCGCUCUCGCCUCCGCCGAAGUGGGCGCUCUCGUGGCCUCCGGGAGAUUCUCUCGCCCUCGAAAAUGCAGCGAGUGCGCGGAGAAGGGGGAAAGUUUUUGUCGAGCUCAUGGACGCCCUCGAGGAGCCCGAGGCGCCUCGCCUCAAGCCAGACGCGACGGCCGCGCGCCACGUCAAAAUCACCCCACACGGCUUCACAGCCGAUGGAGAGCCGUCCCACGCGCUUCAGCCUCUCUCGGGCGGCUUGGCCGUCGCGUCGACGGCGGGGCUCUCCGCGCUCCAAAUGGAGCACAUAUUCACGACGGUGAGCAAGCAGGACAGGAAAAUUAUCAUCAAGACUCUUAAGUCUCUCACUCGGCGAAGCUUCCAGAAAGCGGACAACUACAUCACCACACACACAUACAUUGCGCGCCUGACGCACACAAAUCCCCUGUUUCGUUCGAUCGCGCGCAGUGACCAGGAGAAGCAGCGGCUGCUUACUGGCCUCUCGCGGGUCGUCUCCUCGAAGCCUGAGAGAGACCUCAAAAAGAGGAAGGCCGAGCUGUUUCGUGUUAUCGCACUCGUUCGGAAUUACCUCAAGAUUCCGAAGGCCGUCCCGGAUACAGACGCGUUUCUGCUCGAGUGCGCGGUGCACUUGGUCGAAGACAUUCGUCAGCAACGCCACGAGGGGUACUGGGUUUUCUUUGACGGGCUGCGCCACGACGGGACGCUCGCGCUGUUCAGCUUCGUGUGGGGAAGCUUCUCUGAGCAUCGCGGAGGCUUCGACUCGAUCGUGGUAGACCAGACGGGGCUGAUUGACACCUGCGCCGUAGCGAGUCUGCAGCUCGGCAAACUGCCGGUUCUCGACGCCUUUCUGCUGCCUGGCGGCUUCCUGGGCUCGGUGCUGGGCGUGAUCAUCAAAGGCUUCAACUACAUGUACUUUCCUGCGAUCGUCGCGGCCUCUAGUCUGAUCAGCAUCGCCGGAGGCAUCAUCUGCCUCACGCAGCUCCCCAAGCUCCUCUACAAGAUCUACGACACCGUCGCCACAGCCGUGCAAAAGGGAGUCCGCCUCGGCUUCAUGAAAUACUUUCAGCACCGCGUGCGGGGCGACCAGGUGGCGCAGAAGACGCUCGCGUAUCUGGCGAUGAACAAAGGCGCCAUGCUUCUGGCUCUCAUGUGGCAGCUGAAGAACGUGAACUACACGUCGUUGCAGAGCUUCCAGGAGAUCAUGCCGACCGCGUCCGAGGCCGUCUUUCAACACGGCGUCAGCUUCGGCGCUGUCGAAUUCGCGUCCGAGCUCCAGCAGUACCUCCAGCAGGACUACCUCGCGCUGCGUCCCGAACUCGACGUCUGCUAUGGCACGCAGCGUCUCACUCCACUUGUCGAACUGAAGUGCGACGCCUCCUGGCGAAGCGUAGAGAAGUUUACGACGGCGGUGUCGGGGAUGCUGUCGUAUGUGAGCCGCUUCAACUUCCGCAGCCACGUGGGCGACCUGCUUCUCCUCAUGUACACCAUCGUGAUUGUGAACAUGAACACGGCAUCAGGCCCCGGACAGAGCGCCACGUGGGCGGGCUUCAAGGACGCGAAGGCGUACAUCGACGUUGAGGCCGCUUGGGGCGCGUUGCCCUCGCGGCUCUUCCGCCUUCCCUUCCUCAAGAAGAACGCACACGAUAUCUCUAUCGGCCUCACCAAACUAGCGAUUUUUUUCCAGUUGAGGCGGCUUCACCGGUGGAAGCCGGAUCCUGGCAAGUGGACUCUCGUCAACCCGGAGCCGGAGGCCGUUCAGGGAGCGCCUUCGGAGGCCUCCACCGACGCGUCCACCCGCCUCGCCCGUUCCGCGUCGCUUCCGCUCUCCUCUGCGCCUCUCUCUCCUUCCGCGUCGUCUGCUGGGAUUUCCACGUUGGCGCCGAGCUCCUUCGUGGCGCUGGCGGAAGAGUCCGAAGACCUGGGUAUCCCGAGUUUCGCGGGCGCGACGGACGUGGCUGCGGCGGAGGCUGUCGCGGAGGAGGACGGCCGCUUGGUUACGAUUCCUUUUGACGUCGAGGCGGCGGCGGCCGGGGCUCAGGCAGCGAGUGUGCGCGCGCUGUCGCCGAAUCACCAGAAGAAGCUGAACGAGAUGCGGCGUCGCAGGUCGGGCUACAUGCUGCGCCUGCUCCAUCAGGGCAUGGCGCCGCUGGCGGAGGCGAUCGAGCAGCUCUUUGGCCGCUUUCUGCAUCUCUUGACUCUGCGAAACGGCGGGAAGCCGCUCAACACGUGUCCCGACGACCCCGACUUGCUUGCGAAGGCUGGCGUCUGCCCCAACAACCGCGCCCUCCACGCCAAAGAUGAAAUGCCGCUGCGACUCAUGGUGUCCACCUUCGCGGGCAUGUACUACAGGCGCGACGUCGGGAACUUUGGCGGCGCUGUCCCUGCGGACAUUGUCCGGGACUUCAUGGCCUUCUUCGAAGAAAUAAAGUACGAGCGCGUUGCGCCAGGGUUCUUCGCGAAACUCCGCCGAAAACGCCCAAAGUGGAUCCUCGACGUCGUCCUCAACUCGAUCUUCGGAAAAGGCGCACACGAAAAUACACCCAUCACUUCUGACGAAAUGACUCGCGUCCAAGCCAUAGUUGAAAGCGAAGUCCGAGCCCUUUACCACCAAGUCGCAGAUUCCGCCCGCUUCAAGUACUCCAGGUGCGACGCAACCGGCAAGGUUUUCAUCCUUACCGACCUGAACGGCGGAACGCACUUCUUCGUCACAGCGACGGCGCGCUCGCCGAGGCUUGAGGAGAAGGCAUGCAGAAUCGAGCUUCAAGUUCAGGAAAGUUCGAUCGUCUUCCGCGGCGACCACGACGGUGGUGUGUUGCUCUUGCCUGGAGUGCCUCCGAUCGAGGGCAAGUUGAUGAAGAACGAAGACAUGCAGACGCCAGCAGAAGAAGAUUCAGACGUCCUCCUCGUCGUUGAGGCGACGCUCUGGAUGAAGGGCUACCCGCGUGUCCACGCCCGAAUGAUCGGUGCGAUCCUAUACGUGGUGAAGCGCCUUCGGUACCCGAGUCUGAGCUGGAUUGAGCUGAUUCAAGCGCUGACGCCGCAGGAUUUGGAGCUCGCCUACCGCAUUUUGCAGGAGGGCAGCUCGCAGAAGCUGCAGGCUGACUUGCUCCAGCUGGACAAGAAGACGCUCUACAGUUUCGAUUUCUCCGUGAGCAACAUUUGGGUGAUUCUCCUGGGCACGUUGGAGCGCGCGGUCAUGCCGCUGAAGAGACAGGCGUUGUUGUCGGCGGACUUCAACAUCAUCGUCGGCGCCUCGUUGGUGCUGGAGCUGUACAACAGCAUCUCGAAGAAUACUUCGGGACUCACGCUCUGGUACGGCCGAUUCGAAAACAUCGUCUACAACGAGCUGAAGCGCGUCAAGUCCCGCGGAUGGAACGUGGCGACCUGGGCGUCCUUCGCAGAUGCUGGGCAGCCUGAUGCCGAGCGAAGAGACGCACCCCCUGACGCGUCGACGCUGGAGGCGGAGACGACGAAGCAGCCCUCAGACGGCGCGACCAGUCCACGAGAGGCACCGUCCCUCUCCGAAGGCGCGACGGCGAGCGAAGCAGAAAAUGAGAGUCGCCCAGUCUUCUCCUUCCAGACCGACCGGGUGCUUGACUGGCAAUGCCGCGCGUUUUAUGACAACGUAGACUUGGAGGCAAACUUCAAGGGCGCCGCAGACAUCGACCGCGACGAACGAAAUGCCCUACAGUGCAGUCUCCUUCAGUUCAUGCGCCGACAGCCGAGACCGAGCGAAGAAGAUAGCGAGGAGUUGCGCAAGGAGAGCGGCAAAGUCCUCGCAUACAUCAACCGCAUCGUCUACGAGCUGCGUGUACUGAAGGGAAAGUCUGCUUUUUCGUGGAAACGCUUUCUGAACGCGUUUCCCUCUCAACCCAAUAACCCCGUCACAGAGCUGCGCGACGACAUGAACAAGGUCAAGGCGGCCCUACAGAGGACCUCGCGCAAGUUAAAAACUACCUUCAGGGCGUGGGGACACAAACUGCGGUCUGAACUCGGCAAGAAAUUCUUCGGACGGCGGCCGCUCAACGUGAUGCGAGGCGAGCGUUUCCUGCGUGCGAUGUUUGUCGCCUUCACCGAGCUGUUCCCAGAUCCGCAGUCGUUUCCCGGGCGCGUUUUGCUCAAUCCGAUGCAGAUGUAUCAAUUCUGCGGUCUCCAGACUCUGCUCAGAACGCAGACGGCGCCCUACCUCUACGACACCAAACGCGGGAGAGGACUUUCCACGCAAAUGAAGGCUUCGCCGGUGCCUUCAGACUCCCACAGAAACGCGCUGGCAGCUCUUGACAGGCGCGUGGAGCGUCUCCUGCUUGCGGAUGCCUCGUUCGAUAAAGCCAGUGCAAAGCGGACUCUCCGUCAAGUCGGGGGGUACAUCCGUCUACUUGCGGAGACUGUAUUUACGCGCGUGGAGAUGCCUGAGCACACGGCGCGGACUUUCCUGCGCUACGUAAAUCGAAAGAUGCGCGUCGAGAAGCGCGACGCCAAGACCGAAACGGACUUCAUGGUGGAGCUCCAAAUGCAGUUGACGGAUCUUUCGCUGCUGCAUGUCAUCACGUCGGCCUUCGAUGAAGUCGAGGAGCUCAAGAAACUCCAGGAAGAACUUUCCCUCAAAGACUACAACGUCGCCGCGCUCUCGGCCGAAAAAUUUCGACUCUACUCGCCUGCGUACUACUUUGGUCACUCUCUAGGCUCAACGCGGUCGGGGCAUCGUCCGACGUCGAUGCUGGUGGCGACGAUCGAAUGCAGGCAGCAGCUCUCACACGCGGGAAGCAGGUCUGCAGCGAGCUCUUUGCCGGCUUUUCUGCAGUUCCUUGCCCAGGCUUUAACUCCGCAAGAUGUCGCCGACAUUCUCUGGGCUGACAUAUCGUCCUCCCAGGCGAGCGACGGCGCCAGCCCAGAAGGCACGCAGGAGAGAGACCCCUGGAGCAUAUUGAUGAAGACGCCGCUGCUAGCUGGCCUCGAGAUCUUGUCGCAUGCGUCCGACUUCCACCCCGAUGACGUGGGAAAACUCUUUGCCCCGCCAGCUGUCGUCUGCCACACUGCCGAACCCUCGGCGGAGUUCGCGCUGCCUCUGAAUCUGUCGGAGUGGAUCAAGCUCCGGAAAGACGCCUCCGUCGAUGCAGGCUUUAUGUUCGAGGCGCGGCUAGAGAAGGCCGAGGAAAGCUCCCUCUUCGAUCGGGGGGAGGGGGCCGCCCAGCAUGUCUCAGUCUCCCUGGAGGUGCCCUCCACGCCGCGAACUGAGCGCGAAGAAAAAAUCCACAACCUCGUCACGACAAUGGACUCCCCGUUCCUUCCCGAGUUCUCGCCCGGAGUCAAUGACAAGGCCGUUGCUGGCGAUGUGGCGUCCUUUCUCCAGGAAGAAGCUGAAGAGGAGGGUGCGGGCGACCCAGAAGACGCACAGAAGCACGACCCCGGAGACGGCGAUGCCGCAUCGGCAGCAGCUGAGCCUUGGAUCACCUCUAGCGGCAAGGAGAGCGACGCCGGCGCCAUUCUUCCGCUCAGCGCCUCUGCAGAGCAAGUGUCUGGCGAGGCUUCUCCUAAGCGGCAAACUGGAGAGGGGAGCGUCCUCGCGGGCGAGAACGAGGUUGAGGCACUCGUGCUGGGUGGAGAGGGAGAUGAGACGGAACCGCUGCUGGAAGGCGACUCUGAGACAGCCCAGGAAGGCGACACAGGUGGUGGCGGGCCGCGACGUCCCUUCGAACUGAGCAACUUGAUUCUGCCUCUCUUUUUAGACACCUUCCACGGGUUGUACUCGCUGACGCGCAGCUCUCGGGCGCUCAAGAAGGCUUUCUUUCAGAAGAUGUCGAAGCGGUUUCUGGCGGACUACCAGGCGCGUACAGAGACGGGAGAUGCAGUGAGAGAAGACGCGUCUGCUGCGCAGAGUGAGGGAAAGGCGAACAGCAUGCGCAGCCUGGAGCGCCUCUUUGCGCGCGUCUCUGGGGGGAUCAGCACGCCCCAAAUCAGCCACAACCCGCUAGUCAGCGUCGUGUUCAACGAGCUGUACAACAACGCCGCGCAAACGAGGAAACUGACCCUGGCUGAGAACGUUGCGAAAGUCUCCACGUGGGUCUGCGUAAACGCGGCGCGAGAGAUCUGCGGGUCAGACUCCGCCUCGAUGUCUGCGGAAACUGAGACGUACCGCCAGUGCGUGAGCAACAUCGAAGCGAGGUGCCGCGAUCCCGAGUGGCAAGAGUUCCAGACGGUCUUGCAGGCAGAGGAAAAGGCCAUCCUCUCCGGAGUCUUCGUCUCCGCCAUGCAGAGCGUCCCGCCGGCCGCCUGCCGCCAAAUGCUCAACUCGAUCGACGACGUGCUUGUCGAUCUGGUACUGGAGGAGCUGCAGAGGCAUUGGUGGACUCCCAAGGAGCUUGUCGGUUCUGCGUCGGUGCGUGAAGCGCGCCGUCGGCAGUCGUCUGCAGACGCAGACUCUGUGGAAAAGAAGUGGCAGUUCUUGAAGGACCGCCUAUCUGCGCGUGUUGAGGUGCUGAGAGACGUGCAGCCCGACUUGUCUGUAGUCACUGUGCGGUACCCCGUGGAGGCAUUCCUCUUCAAACUGGCCAGGGGCGACUUUCUGAGCCGCGAAAACGUCAAAACGUAUCUCCAGGACAUGCGCUUCUCGAUCGCCCGGGCUGCAGCCGUGCAGCUCGACGGAACGAUGGUGAGCAAGGCUCUGACGGCGAGGCAGCGGAUGCGGAAUAGGGGCGGCCGAAGGCGGGAGCGCGCGUUCUACGAAAACAUCCCCGAGGGCCCAGGCGAUCAGAAGUACCUUCUUCUCUCUGAUUCUGGCUCGAAUGAUGCCUAUGAGGCCGUCACUGGAGACGGUUCUUUCCUUCAAGGCGAGUCCACGGCCGGGGCAGAUCCCGCGGCGUCUUCGCUUGAGCCCGCUGAGUCCCCUCUGUCUCCGUUUUCCUCGUCGAGCGUUCGCGAGCAGAAGACAAAUACGCGCAGAGGAAGUGACCUUCCGCAGAGCGGCUUCAGUCAGGGCGAGGCGUCUGGGGAGCCACGGACUGAAACGCUGGCAAUGUAUGGGCACGUUGAGGGGUUUCCAGGGACAGAGAGGCCUCGCGCAGGCGGCUCGGGUGCUUGGGCAGAGCUUCCCUUUUCUGUGCAGCCUGAAUCAGGAGGUGAAUCUCACGAGUUCGGAGACGCCUUCGGCACUCGCGUUAAUCUCUCGGUGCUCAAUGAGUUCACCAUGCAAGUAACUGCAAGGCGGGAGGGACGGCUCAAGUGGAUGAGGCCUUACCGCGUCAAUCCGGCGCUCCUUGUCUUGGAGGUUCUCAGGUCGAUCCGAACGGGCGUCAGGUUCAAAGGCCAUCGAGAUUCCAAAGAACGCCAAGCGCACCUCCGAGCAACCAGAUUUUCUCCCUUGGCGCUCAUGAGAGAAGACUGCGCGAAUGGAAGAGGGUAG